AAGACUCUACCGGGAAGGGGCUAAAACUGCGCAGCCAAUCGGGGCAACACUUUCGCCUUACCGGGGGACUCGUGGGUAACUUGCUCUUGGGAAUCAGCACCAUGGCGUCUGGCUGCAAGAUUGGCCCGUCCAUCCUUAACAGCGAUUUGGCCAAUUUAGGGGCCGAGUGUCUCCGGAUGCUGGACUCUGGGGCCGAUUAUUUGCACCUGGAUGUAAUGGACGGGCAUUUUGUUCCCAACAUCACCUUUGGGCACCCUGUGGUAGAAAGCCUCCGAAAGCAGCUAGGCCAGGAUCCUUUCUUUGACAUGCACAUGAUGGUGUCCAGGCCGGAACAGUGGGUCAAACCAAUGGCGGUGGCGGGAGCCAAUCAAUACACCUUUCAUCUUGAGGCUACUGAGAACCCAGGGGCGUUGAUUAAAGACAUUCGGGAGAAUGGGAUGAAGGUUGGCCUUGCCAUCAAACCGGGAACCACAGUUGAGUAUUUGGCACCGUGGGCUAAUCAGAUAGAUAUGGCCUUGGUUAUGACAGUGGAACCUGGGUUUGGAGGGCAGAAAUUCAUGGAAGAUAUGAUGCCAAAGGUUCAUUGGUUGAGGACCCAGUUCCCAUCCUUGGACAUAGAAGUCGAUGGUGGAGUAGGCCCUGACACUAUCCAUAAAUGUGCAGAGGCAGGAGCUAACAUGAUUGUGUCUGGCAGUGCCAUUAUGAGGAGCGAUGACCCCAGAUCUGUGAUCAACCUGUUAAGAAAUGUUUGCUCAGAAGCUGCUCAGAAACGUUCUCUUGAUCGAUGAAACCACAAGGAGUCCAGUGUUUAUGCUCAUGAAUUCUUUUUACUGGAAGACAAGAAUAUUGACUAUCAAAUCCUAUCACAGUUGAAGCAGUGCUGUUUUUCUGAGCAGCUGUUCAUUCCAGUGACUAAAAUCUAUUCUGCAGAACGUUCCAAGAGGUUAGAAAUUGGUGUGUAUAACUACCUUUUUAGUGAUGGAAUUUAAAGAUUAGUGUGGUAAAAUACCAUUUUUACUGGGAGACUUGAUUUUUAUAAAGUAAAAAUAUGGCUGUAUUAAGGUUAUGAACGGAAGUGUGUCUUAAAGCCUAAUGAAGGUAUACUAGCUACUAUGAAAAAAAUGUUUUUUUCUGCAUUUUAAAUCUUCUCAUUUCUUGGUUUUCCAAAGCAAAGGACGUCCUUAUUCCUGUUCCGUGUUAUUUUGAUUUGUCUGUGCGCAUGACAACAUGAGUAGAAUGGAACUUGUGAAAAAUCUAAGUUUGAAUCUGGUUAGGAUGGCAUACUGUAUUCAUGCUUCUUUAACAUCUUUUACUUUGCACCUUAUAUUUGAUACAUAAAAACUGUAAAAACAGUGUAUGAAGCCCAGGGAUUUCAGGUGGACUGUUCUAAAAUUACAAAUACAGAUUUUAUCAAGUUGUUUUCUUUGUCAGCUCUGCUGGAGGGGCAAGUUAUACAGUGAUCCCACCCGUUCCUUUUCUUAACAAUAAUCUUGUGCUAGCUUUGAGCAGAAAGGAAAGGAAAGCUUCUAUUUGGAAGUACUAUUGAGUUGAAUCUGGACUCUUCUCCUUUCCAACUAUUUGACUUAUUUGACGUUAGCAAAUCAAAUCAACCCGUCUCUUUGAGUAUCUGUUAACUGAUUUAUACAUUGAAUAUAAUUUAAUAACCAUGUAAGGUUAUAUUGAGCAUUAAGAGAGAUCAUAUGCUAUCUGUAAAGCUUCUGCUUCCAUUCCCAGAAUUAUAGGAUAGUAGAAUUGAUGCUCAAUACAAAGUAGCUGUCAUUUAUAUUUUGUAGCCUAUAAAGUCCUUCAGUCUAAGCUCAUUAAAUGCAUAAAUCAGUCUUAAGAGUAGUAGAACAGGUACUUUUGUCCCCAUUUAAAAAAUGAAGACACUAGAGCUCAGCAACAGGUUGGUCCCAUUGAAAGAACCCAGUGGGGCACAGGAGUUCUGGGUUUGUACUUUUUUUUUUUUAACAGAUGGAGCCCUUGGGAUGUAGAUAGGCAAAGGAAGCCACUUUAUUGUAACAUUGUCUUAUUUGCAGUCUAAUUUUAUGCUAAAGCAGAACCAGAUGGCUGAGGAUAUUCUGGAUACUAUGGAUUUGACCCCAAGGAUAUAUAAUGUAUUAAUCCAGCAAAGACGAGGUAGGCCAAAAGAUGACAAGGUACAGAGUUAAUCCGUACACUAAUUACUUAAAACUGUGUCUCAGAUUAUACUUUGACCACAGAUAUGUUAUCUGUUACUUCAUUCUUGCCAACACUCUUGCUAUAUAAUACGUAUGGCAGGAAGGAAACAGGUGAGAGAAUAAGGCAAUAAGAAAUAAGGCAAAAUGAGAACAUUAACACUUCCACAUGAGAGCUUCCUUGGUUUUUUCUAUCCUACAAGGUAAAAAUUUGUCCUUUUGACUUAGGAAAGGUUUGUGCCGUGAAUAGGUGGCGUUUAAUCAAAUCAGACCACACGAGGCAUAUAGAAAUAACUUUAAUUAAAAAACUUACAUAGAAGAUUAUAAUGUCGGACAUGACAAAGAUUUGAGCUUAUUUGCCUAGACAACUUCGGUUUGUCUGGCUUUUGUUUCCUUUUUUUAAAAAUAAAUGUACAAUAAAACUACAGCAAAAAUUUGUCAGUA